ACAUGAGCCUGCUUCAUUACGCUCUCACAACCAAAGCCUAAGCCGCUGCCAACCUCUAUAGUCAAAUCCUCGAGCGCCUCGAACAGGACAGUUUCCGCAGAGCACUGGUCUGAGCACGGAUUUCCUCAUCGAACUGUUUCACACCUUCGUUGCUUUCUACGAACCGGAGCUACCUGUGGAUCGCCUUUAGUCCGAAUUUACCAUCAUCCGUAGUAAGGCAUGGUCGCUACUUACAGUAUUGGCCCGGAAGACUCCGUUCAAGGAUUCGGGAGCAAUGUUCGUCGCAGAGGCAGCAACACUACUGCCGCUACCCCAACCAGCAAACCAAGCCCAAACGGUGGACUUGCAGGGAGGAGACAAGGGUUUGAUAGGAAGUUGACUGCUGCUCCUUCUGGGGAUGCGCCUAUUGGGCUAUUGGCGCGAAGGUCAACGCUAAACUCUCCAAGGAGGAAGCUGCCGUGGCUUGAUGGUAAGCCGCCGUCUACGAACCACGUGGAUAAAAAGAUAUCACGCCUUCCAGGAGGGUUUGUCUCUGAGAGUGAUACGUCUUCUCCAGAGCAGAAUGACAACCAGGCUUCGUACUCUCCAAAGCUCGUCUCGGCCGAACAGAGGCGUCCAUGGCUGACAUUCAAGCCCUCGGAUAAGUCCGUUCCGACGACGUACAACACAUAUACACCAUCUGUAUAUAGUACUGGGGCUCCAAGCGCACCGAAUUCCAGAACAGCUCCCAAUGAACCCACAGGAAAGUCUUACCACGAAACGCUUGGCGGUUCGCCGUUCGAAGACAUUUCAUAUGAGAUCCAGAAUGAUCGAAAAGGAUCUGCCCCAAUGGGUGUUUCAGACAACAACCAAAGGCUCAGCAGUGCUGUUCCCAGCCAAAAACAGCAACCUAUAGUGAUCGAGCCUCUUCAAAUACCCUCAACGCCACAACCACCUUUAUCGCGUCAGCUUUCCCCAAAGACUGCACUCCGGGAAACUUCCAGAAGCCCUCCUAUAUCAAAUCCGAUCGAAGCGAAUCUUAGGUCAGCAAUAGAUGGACUUGAGAAUUUGAUGCAAGAAGCAAUGGAUAUGGCAAGGGAUGCAACAGAGCGCCAUGAGCCGGAAGAUGUACCGCAAGUUCUGGAGAAUGCCGCGAGAGGCAUACGGAGAGCUUCAACAAUGAUGACCAGGAUGGACCCACUGUCUGUUUCCGAGUCCUCGAGCAGCUCUUCUUCAACAGAGACCUCUUAUAGUCCGAGAGAGACUCCGACUGUUCUUACAGGGGACAGACGGCCAAGUAACUUUAAAUUCCACAGAAAUCGUACUUUCUCCGCUCAGCCUGUGGUCACUGAUUUCGCGUACACCACGAAGAGAAGGAAGCCAAGCAGUUCAUCUUCGAGUUCCGGAGCAAUGUCCGAUAUUGAAAAGGGAAGGCAAGGAAGCUCGCAAUGGCGCAAACAGCAAGGCAGUCCCGUUCGGCCAGUCCAUAUCGAAGAUCCCCGUCCGAUCGAUCCUGAAGUCCAUGCAGUCCAUGUGCCGCCCACACGGCAAGAAGUCCAUAAUCAUAUCUCGCGCGAAGGCACUCCCCCAUACUCUCCCCGCGACAGUUCCUUAAGACACCGUCACCAGCCACAAGCAACAAUUAGCCCUAGAUACAACAGACAGUCUCGACGCUCAGAACAAAGCACCGAGAGGCAUCACAGAAGGCACCAUCGACACAAAAGCGGCGGGGAUGUGUCGUUCCAUCCUGAUUAUCCAUUCAACGAGAGAGACACCGAUCCAGUCUUUGGGAAUAUGAGCUUGAAACAUCCUCGUCGACAUCAUGUAAGUUUCCGCGGGCCUGGGUCUUUUGACGUUGUGCAUCAUCGUCGUCGCCAGCCCAUUGCUCGGAACUGGGGCCGGCUGAAGAAAAGAAUCACGGCAACCAUUGCAUGUAUCAACACUGCACUCGUAGGGUUCCUAGUCGGAGUAUAUGCCGGCGAAGUGCCAUUGAUACAAUACAUGGUUGCCGACCAAGGGCACACUGUCAUCCUUGGCAAUGUUGUUCUUUAUAUGGCACUCGCUGUGUCAACGUUCAUUUGCUGGCCUCUACCUCUACUCCACGGCCGGAAGCCGUAUAUCCUUGGAUCUCUUGCCAUCCUUCUUCCUCUCCAGUUCCCUCAAGCAGUGGUUGUGAGCGCAUACAGAGACCCAGACACAGACCUCUACCGCAUUGGCUUACUACUUCCUCGAGCUUUUUCUGGGCUCGUUCUAGGUUUAGCCAAUGUCAAUGCCAUCUCGACUCUUCUCGACCUAUUUGGCGCUUCUCUCCAAAGCGCUGUGCCGCAUCAAGAGCUAGUCGCCAUUGACGACGUCCGUCGACAUGGUGGCGGCAUGGGUCUCUGGCUCGGCAUCUGGUCGUGGUGCUUCAUUGGAAGCAUCGCAGUUGGCUUCAUGAUCGGAGCAUGCAUCAUCUCCUCCCUCAAUGCAUCUUGGGGAUUCUACAUCGUCGUGAUUAUGAUCGCAUCUGUACUUGUUCUGAACGUCAUAGCCCCUGAGACGCGGCGUGCUCGAUAUCGCCAGUCUGUGGUGGACGUGGUUGAUCCUAACAACAAUGUCUACCAACGAGUUGCUCGCGGUGAGAUCAAGCUACACAUCUCGACUGAUGGUCCGAAGUGGUGGCUGGAAGAAGUCUUCGCAGGAAUGAAACUCAGUUGCCGUAUGUUCUUCCAGACAGGCUUCAUGAUUCUAUCGGUGUACCUUGCCUGGAUGUACGGACAAUUUGUUCUUGUCAUUGUCCUCCUUGGCGCCCUCCUUUCCCGCCAGUAUCGCUGGAGUUCAAACUAUGUCGGCGCUGGCGUGAUAUCCCUUGCCAUCGGAGCGUUCCUCGCCAUCCCCCUCACUAAAGCCGGCAUCUUCAGCCGCGAACGUAAGCAAGGCGCGCGAACGGACAGCAUGACGUUUCAAAAACAGGUAUCCUGGACCUCACACAUGGUGCGGCGGAUCUUUUUUACUGCAGCACUUCCUUUCGCAGGGCUAGCAUAUACUCUCGCCUCUGAAGCCAACGUGCACGCCAUGGUACCGAUUGCGUUUGCCGGGGUAGUAGGCUUCCUUAGUGCACUCGCCCUUGCAGAAUGCCACGGUCUGAUCAUGGAAGCAUUCGACACAUGCGACCUCCAGCCGGGAGCAAACACGCGACACAGACUGCAAAGCAUGGCAGAAGCGGACCGACGACGGCGUACCAACUACAGUUCGUUUCCACGGGUGAGCGCAGGAUUCUUCGUAGCGCAGACGCUGGCAUUCCUGCUCGCAGCAGCGGCGACAGGCGUCGGGGGCGUAAUGACGCGGACGCUAGGCGCGCAGACCAGCACGGCCGUGACGGCGGGGGUGCUGCUGCUGCUGACGGUGCUGCUGACGCUCGCGCUGUGGCGCUUCAAGGGCGUGCAGGUCAUUCCAGACCAUACGCUGGGCACCAUGUACGAUGAGAAGGCGUGGGCGCAAGAAAUGCGUGAGCGCGAGCGCAGGCCUAGCGAUUGGCGGCCGGUGGUUAUUGGUCAUCCGUCGGGCAAGAUUAGACGUAUGAAUGUGCUGGAGAUGGGGAGGUGGAGUCGCUGGAGUGAGAUAAGGAGGUUGAAUCGCUUGCAGCAUGAUUAGGGGGGUGGGGAUGGGGGUUCGGUUGCUGUGGGUAGGAAGUAUGACCUUUUUAUGC